AGGGACAGAGAGAAAGAGAGUGGAGACAGAGAGAGGUAAUAAACGGACGGAAAAAGAGAGGAGAGAGAAAGAACGAACUAGAGAGAGAGAGAGAGGAAAAAUCGAGCGAGUUUCCAUUUCCCGGCGAUAUCUAGGGUUUCCCGGCAUCCCGAUCCUCGACUUUCGGCGUCCGAUCUAUUAAAUGACCACCAUGAGUGAAGAGGGAGAACGAUUGUGCCCCUUGUGCACAGAGGAGAUGGACAUGACCGAUCAGCAGCUUAAGCCGUGUAAAUGCGGCUAUGAGAUAUGCGUUUGGUGUUGGAACCAUAUCAUGGAUAUGGCAGAGAAGGAUGAAAGUGAAGGGAGAUGUCCUGCUUGUCGAACACCUUAUGACAAGGAGAAAAUUGUUGGAGCGACUGUCAACUGUGAAAGGUUGGCGGAGAUGAAUUGUGAUAGAAGACAGAAAAUGCAGAAGUCAAAGACUAAAGCAUCUGAAGGCCGUAAACAUCUUAGCAAUGUUCGAGUGAUUCAGAGAAACCUGGUGUAUGUUGUUGGAAUACCUCCUAAUUUGGCAGAUGAAGAGGUUCUUGAGAGGAAAGAAUAUUUUGGUCAGUAUGGGAAGGUUCUGAAGGUGUCUAUUUCUCGAACUUCAGCUGGUGUUCCACAUACUACUAACAAUACUUUUAGUGUAUAUAUUACUUAUACAAAAGAAGAGGAGGCAGUUCGAUGUAUUCAAGCAGUAAAUGGUUUUGUGUUAGAAGGAAGGCCUUUGAGGGCACAUUAUGGAACUACAAAAUAUUGCCAUGCAUGGCUAAAGAACAUGCCAUGUAGCAAUCCAGAAUGUUUGUAUUUGCAUGAUGUUGGAACUCAGGAAGAUAGCUUUACAAAAGAUGAGGUUAUAUCACCUUGCAUCAGGACUAAAGUCCUACAGAUACCUAGUGCAUCCAAUCAUUUGCAACGGCGUUCAGGAAAUGUCUUGCCACCUCCAGCUGAUGAAUUGUGUAAUAAUGGCAUUCCUAUUUCAGGGAAAGUGUUGCCCAAGGCACUAGCUUCUAAUCCUUUAAACCAUAUAACUUCUCCUCCUAAUGGUAACCCAGGAAAAUCAAGUGCCCUUCCUGCAGCAGCUUCCUGGGGUUUGCGUGCUGCAAAUGGCAAAACCGCAUCUCCAAAUAGUGUUCCUUCACAGGGAUCUGGUGCACAUAAACAAGGGUUAUGUAAUGGUUCAAUUAUUUCUCCCCCUGCAGUCUCAUCUUCUGCAUGUGUCAGUGAUGAGUUUGCUACAAAUUUGGAUAGUGGUUCCCUGCGACUAACAGCUAAGAACAAUGGAAGAAGUGCCACAAAUGUUCCCAGAGAGGUGCCAAUAGAUUCUGCAGUUGCUACUGCUUCUAGUCAGGUGCCAUCUGUAGCUGCUUCUGUGAAUAUAGAUAGCAGAGGCAUCACAGCAUCUGCAGAGCGUGAGGAUUCAUCUAGCUUGUUACUUGGCAGAGCUGCUGAUGGAGCUUCUUCAUUCAAUGUAGUUCCACCAAGUUUAUGCUAUGCAUCAUCAUCGUCAAGCUCUAAUUUCCACCUUGGCAAUGGUCAAGUGAGUGGUGGUAAAGGGUAUGACACAAACUUUGACAAACGUCCGGUCCUUGAAGAUGAGACGUCUUCUGAUUCAACCCAUAUUAAUUGUAAGCAUGAACAUGAUGAACCUUUGGCAUAUCAGACUUCAAUGGAAGCUGCUGAGAUGCCUGAGCGUGGAACUGGCCAAAAGGAAAUGGAUUGCAGUAGAGAUUGGGAAGUGGGAACACUGGCAGAUGCUGCAAGGGAUAAACAUUUGUCACCUGAUAAUAAUCUGGGAGCCCAACAUCUAGAAUCUUCUGAGGGUCUGAUAAGGCAUCAGUCAUCCAGUCCUCCCACGAUAUCAGAACACAAUGUGUCUCCUUCUAUGCAACAUAAUGAUGCUGCUGGUGUGGGUGAUUGGUACAGCUUGGCUGGUAAGGCAGUUUCUGAUUUUCAUGGUCUUAGUGGGUCAUUCAACCAUGAGCAUAAUUUUGCUCCACUGUCCUGUACAUUGAGCAAUUCUAUGGCGCAAGACAAUUUGAAGAACUUUUGCAGCCCUUCUGAUGGAUGUGGUUUGUCUAGUGAUCAUUUUGAUCCUGGCAGUAAGGUUGAACAUGCUAGGCUUUUGAAAGGGCUUGAAAGUGACAUUUUUUCAGUAGAUAACAGUGAUUAUUUAGCAGAACCUGGAGAAAGCAGUAUCAUUUCAAACAUCUUGUCCAUGAACCUUGAUGGUGCCGAUGAUCCUCUAACCUCUGUAGAAAGUAUUACAAAGUUGUGGUCAAGUGAAAGUUGUAAGUCCUUAGUUAAACCUACUGCUGUAAGGAAGCCAAUAAACAGCAAUCAGUCUCGGUUCUCAUUUGCACGGCAGGAAGAAUAUGCAGGGCAGACUGGAUAUAGUGUGCCCAACAGAAGUCAUGCACAGAAAAGCUUUAUUAUGGCAGACGCUGGGGAAGUAAGAGAUCCAAGUCUGCUUAAUCAAGCAAGUAUUUUUCCAACUAAUGAUCGUGUGUUUCUUCCUUCAAAUAGGACUGAAUGCUUUUCAAAAGCAGCAUCAAGGGCUCCUGUUUCAGCUCCUCCUGGAUUUGUAAUGCCAACCAGACCACCACCUCCAGGAUUUUCUUCAGUGGAGAGAAUGGAUCCACCUGGCUUUUCAUCUCAUGAUCUCAUGGAACGAGCUUUCAACUUUACAUCCUCUAGAUCAGGAAGUCAGCAGCUGGAUAAUGGCAAAGUGCAGAGUCAAUACCAGAUACCAGUUAAUAUGGAUGCUCCAGCCUCCAUUGAUGUAGAAUUGAUUGAUCCUGCGAUAAUGGCUGUUGGAAAGGGGAAACUUCCAAUGGAGUUUCAUCAUUCAGGCUUGGAUUUAAGAACUCAAUGUGCUCUGCAGUCUGGCACUUUUGACGUUGAUCCAAGGAUCCAGUUGUUGAUGAAAAGGCCCUCUCCAGCUACCCAGAACUUGGGAUUUUCAGAGCCCGUUGGCAAUGGCUUUUCCCAUCUCAUAGAUUCACUAAGCAACAAUCUCUCUAUGUUUGUGCCAACAUCCUAUCAGCAAUCUAUAAGGGCUUCCCACUUUGGUAGUGGUGAGCAGGAGAGUUGGUCUGGGAUCCAAGGUAACAGCGGUGUCAGCUUGCUGGAGGCUGCAGAGAGCCGAAGAUUUGGCUUUGAUAAUCACUUCCCUGCUUAUGAUGAUCUUAGAUUUCGGACACCUAGCUCUGGUGAUAUCUACCACAGAGCAUUUGAGAAGUAAUGAGCAUUGGAUUCCGAAAUAACAGAACUCCACCCUGCAAUGCUGUAAGAAUGGAUUUGAGCAGCAUCUGGAUGAACUACAUCUCCUGAGGGUUGAUAGAUGUGUCUACAUGUCUAUCAUCGCUCCCUCCUAACAUUUGCAGGUUAUUUUUCUGGCGCGGACUUGUCUGCCUAUUUUGUCUACGUGGUGAGAUUGCAUAGUCAGUGGCGAGCUACAAUGUGGGGAGAUCUCCAAAUGAUUUGUGUCUGCCUAUCUGGAAAUACAUUUUGCCUGCCCAGGGCUACCUGGUUCAGAAAUCAAUUUACAUUUUCAAGAGCUGUAAGCAACGAAAGGACGGGAUAGAAAUCAGGAGGAGGUCCCACUCUUAUGAAAAAUUGAACUCCUCCUGGAGUCAUGGAUGGAAAGGGAGCCGUCAAUUUUGAUCCAUGUAGAUCUUGAACUUGUGGCUGUCAAAAUAUGGGUGUUCUAAAUUUAAAAGAAUGAUAGAUAAAUGGAUCGGUUGCCUGGUAUUAUUCUGGGCUUCCAUGAACAAGUCUGGACCAUCGUCACAAACAUCAAGUUUUAUGAAAGCGUCAUGUAUGGCGUCCCAUCCAUCACGGACGGCUCUCUUUCUCGACCUCACACACACUCUCUCUCUCUCGUGGGCACACACAGAAGACGGCAGUUGACAUUCACCGACUGCUCUCCCAUACUGCUGAAUCCUUCGACUUUCUGCAAAAUGAGGGUGUAAUUGUAAGCCAAAAUCGGAUUUAACUGGUAGCAGCUUUAAUGGUCUUUUG